UUUCCGUCUCGAAUUUGGCUCUCAGUCCCUCCUCCGCUCCACCUCCGGCACCACCACACCACCGUCCACCGGAGCGGCGCUGCCGAGCAGCGCGAGGAGGCGGGCCGAUGGAGGCUUCGAUGGGGGACGAGGAGCUGGAAUCUCUGCUUCGGAACUUCCACCGCGUCUCCCAGGGGUACAAAGAUGCACUUAUGGAGGUCCAGGCUUUAAGAGUAAACUUCAGUACUGAAUCCAAGAAGCGUGAAGCCCUUGAAUCUCAUAUCGCAGAUCUUAAGAGAGACAAUGAGCGAUUAAGAAGACUGUACACAGAAACUCUGUUCAAGUUCACCAACCAGGUGAAAUUUCAUGCAGAAGCUCAAAGCCUGAAGGAAGAACUGGAAAAGGCAAAUAGUAGAUUGCUAUCCAUGGAAGAGGAGCAUAAGAGGGAUAAGCACAACAGUGAAAUGAACAGCAAUGCCCUGGGGAAUGAGCUCAGCCACGCCCUUGUUCAGCAAGCAACAGACGAAGCUGCCACGAAGCAACUGAAGUUGGAGCUGGGUGCUCAUAAAGCUCAUAUCGACAUGUUAAGUAGCAGGUUGGAGCAGGUUACUGCGGAUGUGCAUUCUCAGUAUAAAAAUGAGAUCCAGGAUCUGAGGGAUGUGAUUGCUGUUGAACAGGAGGAGAAGAAGGACAUGCAGAGGAAGCUUCAGAAUACGGAAAACGAGUUGAGGAUGAUGAGGAUGAAGCAGGCCGAGCAGCAAAGGGACUCCAUCUCGGUCCAGCACGUGGAGACGCUGAAGCAGAAGGUGAUGAAGCUCAGGAAGGAGAACGAGUCCCUGAAGAGGAGGCUGGCGAGCUCUGAAGCCUAAACUGCUGCCCGUUCCCCCCAUGUACAUAUCUCGAUUCCCAUACUACAAGUAUUAGGCAAAUCAGACUCUGAAGACGCAUGCACAGGACAGAAACACGAGCACCAUGCACUGUUCUUUGUUUCCUUUUUUCUUCCCAUUUCGCGUUCUAUGGAUGUCCAAGCACUGUGUUGAAGUUUCAUAAUCCAUGUUGCAAUGCUCAAAAGAAUCGCUGGUAAUUUU